AGAUAAAAUGAUUUUUAUUAGUUUAUAUAAAAUAAUACACAGUUUCUUAAUAAUAAAAAAUCUCAUUUGAUUUAGUUUUAUAUAUGUAUAUAUACACACACACUAUCAUUCAUCAAGUGGGUUUUGCUCUCUUUUUCUUCUCCUUAAUUAUAUGCAAUGAUCUGGAUCUGGGUGUCAAGGCAAACUUAAUUAAUCUAAUUUUCAGCUUUUAAUAGAUCUUUUUGGAGUUUUAACUUUCAGUGUUGUUAAUUUGAUCAUGACUUUGGGUUCUUGUUGAAUUCUUGCAGAACUUAAAUUUGAAAAAAAAAAAACAUUUAAUCAGUAAAGUUGUAAAUAAAAUACACAAUUAUUUCCAUAUUAUGCUUUGGCUAAUCUCUGUUCAGCACACAAUCAUGUUGGUUAAUGAAGAAAACCUAGCUUUCAACACGUAGAGCAGAUCGAAGAGGUGGAAUUUAGCAAUGUCAGGGCUGGAAUCAGGUUCAGGUUCUCGGUAUGUUCAUCAGCUACUCGGACCAGAGCUUCAGCUGCAACCCCAACUGAGGGACACCAAGCACUCACCGGAGAAAGAAGGAACCGAUCAUGGCGGUACCACCACCAGUUCUGGUGGUGGAGAAAGAAGGCCUCGAGGUCGUCCAGCUGGCUCUAAGAAUAAACCUAAACCACCGAUCAUCGUCACUCGCGACAGUCCAAAUUCACUAAGAUCCCAUGUGCUUGAAAUAUCUUCUGGUUCGGACAUAGUUGACUCGGUAGCAAACUACGCACGGCGGCGCGGUCGGGGUGUUUGUGUGCUCAGUGGAACCGGGGCCGUCACUAAUGUCACAUUGCGGCAACCGGCUGCCCCAUCCGGGAGUGUCAUAACACUACAUGGACGGUUCGAGGUUUUAUCUUUAACCGGUACUUCUCUUCCACCACCGGCGCCUCCUGGAGCCGGUGGCUUGACUAUUUAUCUCGCCGGUGGUCAGGGCCAAGUGGUGGGAGGCAGCGUGGCGGGUCCAUUGAUGGCUUCGGGUCCGGUUGUAUUAAUGGCUGCGUCAUUUGCCAAUGCAGUUUAUGAUAGGUUACCUCUUGAUAACCAAGAGGAAGAGCCAGCAGUUCAGCUUCAACCAGCAGCUUCACAGACAUCUGGAGUGACCGGCAGCGGUGGUGGAGGGCAGUUGGGUGAUGGAGGCAAUGGCACCACCAGCAACAGCGGCGCUACUGGAACUGGCGGUGGUGGAGGUGUUCCUUUCUAUAAUUUGGGAAGCUAUCCUUUUCCAGGUGAUGUAUUCGGGUGGAGUGGUACUGCAACAAGGCCUACCUUCUAGCCUAAGUUUGGCACUCUCGAUGGGAGAAAUGGAGAAGAUGUCCAACAUCUCAAGCAUGUCCCUUCUGUAGCACCACUUACAUUGGGUGAGCAUAUUGAACCAAAUUCCUAAAUCUCGGAGGAAAGCUAAUAACCAAUGUUGUAGCCAUAUUUGGGAAGAAAAACUGAAAGCCUCUCAGCCUUUUCGGGCUUGUUUUCUUCUGCUAGGCUCAUAACAUUUGGUCAAAGCAUUUAAAAAUGGUGCCAGCUCUCUCUGCCCUCAUAAUAUUAAAAUGUUGAGCUUGAAAUGAAUAGGAUGUAUCUGGGAAGGUUGAAGAAGAACAGAUCGUGUGGAAUUGCAGUGAAAUCCGAUCUGCCCUGUUCUGUCCUGUCAGGAACCAAGAUUCAGCCCACCGCCCACCAAUCACCAACAUCUUCCAUUUCAUCCAAGAACUUCCGUUUCAAAGGAUCAAAAAUUUGACAGACUUCCAAGACUCAUCGAAUGGAAUAUACUCUGCUGGCGUAUCCGUUUGCUGCCUCUGCAAUUACAACACGUGACCAGGCAUUGUUUCAUUCCAACGCACUUCUCAAACUAAUCCAGAUACGUUUCAGAUUCAUCUAGACAAGUUAAUCCGUCUGUUUUGAUUCCCAUUUUGAUUAUCAAAAUCUGAUUUUGAUGGUUAACAAUUUUUAGCAGGGCACAAAAUUUCCAAUUUGGGCUCAUUUGUAAACAUAAUAAUUUUAUGUAUAUUUUCUUCUUUUAAUCAUGUGAUAGGGUUUAAUCCCAGCUGUUGGAAUAGAAUAUAUUUCAUAACUAA